AUGUCUUCGUUCGGUCUGGAUGAUACCAGUGCCACCUCGCCUUUGACGGAGUCAAGAGUACAAGCCGUGCUGCGAUGGUUCGACAAGCGAAUGGAUACAUGGAAGAAGAAUACUCCUUCAGCCAUGCUGACAGUUCCAAUGAUCCUCGAAUACCGCUCCACAGCCCUGGCAAUGUACGAACUAGGCGUAGGCGAAGGCUACCGCGACCCAGACGCAAUAAAAAGACGCUACUUCACGCUCCCAACCCUCGACGACGAACACGAAAAUGAUCCCGAAUCCUCAGAUCCAGACCCAACGACUGCCCCAAUCCGAACAAACACACAACAGCCUACCAGCACAAACACCCUCAGCGCAAUCCGCAUCGACAUAAACAUGAAAUGGAUGAACGCCGCGCAGGAAAUGCUAGACGCAGUCCUAGCAUGCAGCAUAGACACGAUGCGGAAAUUGCCCAACUUGAUGUACACACGGCUAGCGACGGCCGUGACAGCAUUGCUGAAGAUUCAUUUCUCUGUGCGGACUGGGGCACUGGGAGAAGUCAUCACGCCCGAGACGGUGAAUGUGGCAUAUUAUCUGGAUGCUGUUGCUGCGAAACUUGGCGAGGCGGGCGGUGGUGGAAAGUACAAGAUUCCUAGUCGGUGGUAUCAGGUCGUCGGCGUCAGAGGACGGGAUUGGUAUGAACGAUUGGAAAGACGGUAUAGCGGGAAUAUUGGGGUGGGAGUUGGAUUGGGGACUAGUCCAUCAACCGGAACAGGAGUCACAAGAGAGCCGAUGGGCAUAUCAGCUCAAACACCAGGUAUUGGACCAGGAUCACACCACAGUACCGCAACACCCUCUUCAAAUCACUCCCACACCCACCUGAACGUGAACGUGAACCCAAACACACAAACACAACCAGGAAUGGACCCCUACCCCGUCUCAGCAGCCGUGAGUCCCAUCCCACCACACGCACCGGGAAUAGAAAGCGGCUAUGUAGCAAUGAGCGGAGGACCGGGAAUGUGGCCCGGGGCUGGUCCGAGUCCGAUGGAUGCGCAGAAUCCACAUUUCUUCCAUUCCAUCCCACCGGGGUAUCAGCCUUUGCCUGCGCAUUCACAUCCAGCCAUGCAGCCGCAGUUUGCCUAUGAGGCACAGCGGAUGCCGGCCCAGGGGCAUGUUCAGGUUCAUCAGGGUCAAAGCCAGGGUCAGCCACAAGCUCCAGGGAUGCAUGGGACGGGCAUGGAGCUUGAUGGGUGGUUGCCUGAUGGGAGUAUUUUGGGAUGCCGCCGCUGCCCGAGUUCUGAUAGUUCAGUUGGCGCUGAUAGGGUGAGCAGUGUCAGAUCAGACCAGAUCAGAUCGGACCAGGCUGAGAUGCGGAGUUUGGUGUGCACAUGCUCGUUGGAGUAUAUCCAUUGA